AUGGCAGCAAGCUCAAAGCGUGGUACCAGAGUCAGAGGAGGUGAAGGUACUUCCAAGUGGUGCAAACCUCCUCAGGGCUCUAUCAAGUGCAACUUAGGCUCUUCAUGGAACAAAUCUGCUCACCCAAGUGGAGCCGCAUGGAUUUUGAGAGAUCACAACGGUUCUACCAUCAUGCAUAGCAGAAGAGCUUACUAUGCACUACGCUCCAAAGAGGAAGCUGAUCUUCAUUCUUUACUCUGGGCAGUUGAGAGUAUGCGAGACCUUCGUCAGCACCAGGUCUCUUUCGAAUCCUCGUCCAUUGAGAUGAGAGACAUCUUGCUUAACCCGCAAAACUUCCAGCAUUUCCACCACCUUGUAUUUGCUGUUACGUAUAAUUUGCAGGCCAUUGAAGGGUGGAGUGUUCACCACGCAAAUUUGGAAUGUAACUCGGCUGCAGGCGCAAUAGCUACAUCAGUAACGACGGGUCGACGAUACCAGUCGUAUAUUGCCUCCAAUGGCCCGGCGUGGCUCCACUCCCUUUUGUCAGCUGAAGCUAUCUCAUGA